CUGUUCCUCCCCCACUGACACCAACGAUGAGGCACUGUUCCUCCCCCACUAACACCAACGAUGAGGCACUGUUCCUCCCCCACUAACACCAACGAUGAGGCACUGUUCCUCCCCCACUGACACCAACGAUGAGGCACUGUUCCUCCCCCACUGACACCAACGAUGAGGCACUGUUCCUCCCCACGGAUACCAAUGAUGGGGCACUAUUCCUCCUCCCCACUGACACCAAUCAUGGGGCACUAUUCCUCCUCCCCACUGACACCAAUGAUGGGGCACUAUUCCUCCCACUGACUAAUGAUGGGGUGCUAUUCCUCCCACUGAUACCAAUGAUGGGGCACUAUUCCUCCCACUGAUUGAUGGGGCACUAGUCCUCCCACACUGACACUAAUGAUGGGGCACCAUCCCCAUCAUUGGAAUACCAUACUGAAAUAGCAUACCAUAUUGAAAUCAAAUCUGAUG